AUGGAAGACAACAACACAGAACAGGAUAAGCGAUUGACGCUGAAAAUCGCAUCGAUUCUCGACGAGGCUCGAACUUCAUACGCAACGCACAACCGAAAGCUCAAGGAACUAUCACUCCUCCGAUCCAAAUCCCCUUCCCUGUUGCAGUUCUUCUCCGCCUUCUCCAAAGCCCUAACUCCUCUCUUUGACUUCCAGAGGCGCCUCGCCUCCGCUGACCGCGUCGUCUCCUUCGUCUCCGCCUUCGCCGCCGCUCGAGACACUGCCGAUGCCUCCAUUUCCGAUGAGUUUCUCGAGCACUUCCUCAGGUUCCUCCUGGUUGCCGCCGUGGCAUCCAACAAGACCGCCAGGUUCCGAGCCUGCCAGAUCGUUUCCGAGAUAAUAUUGCGGUUACCAGACGAUGCAGAAGUGAGCAAUGACCUAUGGGAUGAGGUGAUAGAAUGUAUGAAGGUGAGGGUAGGAGACAAGAUACCUGCGGUGCGUACUUUCGCGGUUAGGGCGCUUUCACGCUUUGUGAAUGACUCUGUGAAUAGUGACAUCCUUGAUUUGUUUCUUGAGAUGCUUCCCUUGGAGCAGAAUGCGGACGUUCGUAAAAUGAUCGUGUUAUCUUUGCCACCUUCUAGUGCAACCUCUCAAGUUAUUAUUGAUUGUACGUUGGAUGUGAGUGAAUCUGUACGCAAAGCAGCAUACUGUGUUCUAGCUAAUAAAUUUCCUCUUCAAAGCUUAAGCAUUAAGCUCAGGACAGUUAUUAUUCGGAGAGGACUUGCUGACCGAUCUGUUGCAGUCUCAAAGGAGAGUUUUAAACUAUUGAAAGAUGAAUGGCUUAUAAAGUGCUGUAAUGGCGAUCCUUUACAACUUUUAAAGUAUCUAGAUGUUGAAACUUACGAAUCAGUGAGCGAGUCUGUCAUGGGGACACUUCUCAAAGCUGGUUUAGUAAAACUACAAAAUGGUGGAAGUAUCCAGCAGUACAUAUCAUCAAGCACUGAUACAGGAGAAGGGGACUCAGUGCAUUGCCCACCAAGCAUUCAGCUGAUGGAAGCAGAGGCUGCUCUUUAUUGGAGAGCUGUAUGCAAACAUUUGCAGUCAGAAGCACAUGCCAAAGGUUCUGAUGCUGCGGCCACAACGGGCACUGAAGCAGAAGUAUAUGCAGCAGAAGCAUCAGAUAAAAAUGACCUUCUAGAAAAAAUUCUUCCUGCUACAGUUGAUGAAUAUAUAGAGUUGGUCAGAGCUCAUAUCAAUGCUGGAUCAAACCAUCGCUUUGCAUGCCGGCAGCUGCUUUUGCUUGGAGUCAUGUUUGAUUUUUCUGACGCUACAAAUAGAAGGGCUGCUAGUGCAUUUCUGCACGAGCUGAUUUGCAGGCCUCCCGAGCAUGAGGUUGAUAAUGUAGGGAAUGUGCUUGUCAUUGGAGAUGGAUUGAGUUUUGGUGGAGACAAUGAUUGGGCUGAAGCCGUAGCCCGGUUGGGAAGGAAAGUCCAUGCUGCUCCAGGUGAAUUUGAAGAAGUUAUUCUUGCAAUUAUUGAAGAGCUAGCUCAACCUUGCAGGGAGAGAACAGCAGAUUAUGUGCAGUGGAUACACAGCCUUUCUCUUACUGGCCUUUUGCUGAAAAAUGCAAAGUCAUUGCACUUUCUUCAGGGCAAGGCUAUUGAACCAGAUGAACUACUCCAAUCUUUAUUACUUCCUGGGGCGAAACAAUCUCACUUGGAUGUGCAAAGGAUUGCCCUCAGAUGUCUUGGCCUUUUUGGGCUUUUGGAGAGAAAACCAAGUGCAGAACUUUUGAAACAGCUGAGGAUGUCAUAUAUUAAAGGGCCACAUUCAAUUAGUAUAGAGGCAUGUAAAGCAUUAAUUGAUCUUUGUAUGUGGCAUGGCCCUCAAGAAGUUGACAGGGUGUUAAAGCACAAUAUUCCAUGCCAAAUGAACUGUGACAAGAAGAGUUUUAGUCCUGUGGACUUCUCUGAUUCAGAAGGGAAUUCAGAUGUUGAAAUGCUUGAUAUCUUAUAUGGUGGCUUUCAAAACAGUUACUGGGCUAGUCCUUUAACUAACACUGAAGAUGAGUGCAUUUAUGCUGUACUUGGAGAGGGGUUUGCAAAAAUUCUUCUCCUAAGCGACAAGUAUCCAAGCAUACCGGCUUGUUUGCAUCCUGUGCUUUUAUCUAAGCUCAUUUACUUGUAUUUCAGCGACGUGUCGGAACACCUGCACAGGUUGAAGCAAUGCUUAUCUGUUUUCUUUGAGCACUACCCAUGUCUCUCAGCCAAUCAUAAGAGAUGCAUAUUGAAGGCUUUCAUUCCCGUAAUGCGUUCAAUGUGGCCUGGAAUUUUUGGCAAUGCUGGGGGUUCUUCGUUUGUGGUGUCUCAGAUGCGUAAGCGUGCUGUUCAAGCUUCACGUUUUAUGCUGCAGAUGGUGCAGGUUCCUUUGUACAUUAAAGAGACUCAACCAGAGUGUGAAAACCCUAGUACAGAACAGCCACAAGUCAUAGAUAGUUGUGAAGAAGUUCCAUUUGAGUAUGGUGAGGAGGGGCUUGCAUUACGCAUAGCCAUAGAGGUGGCAAGUUUUCAUUCGAAGAAAACAGCUGCUGAGAAGUCAUAUGUGUCGGCAUUAUGUAGAGUACUUGUCUUGCUUCGUUUUCGGUUAUCAGAACAAGGGCCAGUAAAAUUUAUGAGGAGGCUUUUAUGUCACAUAGUUGAAUGUGUAUCUUCGGACAAGGAUCUUGUUAAAGAAUUGAAACGCAUGGCUGAACUUCUUACGACAGUAGAUAGGCAACCAGAUCAGGAGUUGUCGCAAGAUGAACUUAAUCUCAUUUUGGGGAAGUUGGAACUUGAGUUCAACCUGGACUUGGUUGGUUCUGUUGCAAUGCCACAAACACCAGCUGCACACCCAACCAGAUCUACACGUUCUAGGAGAAAGGUAAGGGUUGCGGAAGAUAGUUCCGAUGAAGGUUCACCUGCUUCUGUAGUUCCAACCACCCAUCAUACCGUAAAUAGUCGCUCACAGAGAGCAAGCAAAACUGCAGCAAUGAGCAAGAUUUCUGCCUGUAGAUCACUGAAAAUUGAUGAAAUUGAAGAGCUAGACGAAGAAGACUCUGAUGUACCAUCUGAAGAUUCUGAUGUGACAUCUGAAGAUUCUGAUGAGAACUUAAAUAUGUAG